GGGCAGCCAUCAGUAGCAUGAGGAUUGGCCACAGCGCUUGAGCUUCGCAGGAGAUUCCAGUCGGUCUCGUGCACAUCUGACAGAACGCGAGGAGCGGCGCGAGGGCUGGAUGUGGGCUACAUCAAGUGGAUGUGUUUCUCACAGCUGAAGACACCAACCGUACAAGAAACACCAGAGAGACCAAUAAACAAACAAGUCCUUGACAUAUGUUCGUCUUGGUACCUUUUCGUUGAUCAUUAAGGACACUGCAAAACAAUUUAACGGAAUUUCUUUGAGCUGUUUCCCCCUCUGCCAUAGGGGGGAGCAGUCAUAUGAUAUAGCUCGAGGGCGGCGGCAUUUCGCACCACCUUACUGUAGACUGACAGAAGUCCUGGGACCUCUUGAACUCUGUAUCGUAUUCUCCGCUGUUUUCUGAGCAAACCCAGCACGAGCGCACGCGAAUUGUGAGCUGGAGCAGCGCCGCAGCUCAUUUCCCUCGAAAAUAUCGCAACAACAGUGUUGUUUGUAAUUUGCUCACUUCAAAGCGACGGAUUCUCUUCACUGACUAGUUUUUUAUAUUCUCCAUAUAAUGGGGAAGAGUGGACUGUCGGUGGGAUUUGGAACCGGACUAAGAGGACUCUCCUUACGAAUGCCCACAUCACCUGGACUCCUUCUGCUGCUUGGGAUCUGCAUUGUAACGGCGCAAGUGGACGAUGACUUCCUGGAUCUGGGCAUGCUGCCGGAGACGUUCCCCUCGGACCCCCCCGAGCCCCUCCCCCACUUCCUGAUGGAGCCGGAGGAGGCCUACAUCGUGAAGAACAAGCCCGUCAACCUGUACUGCAAGGCCACGCCCGCCACCCAGAUCUACUUCAAGUGCAACAGCGAAUGGGUGCACCAGAAGGACCAUACCGUGGAAGAGCGGGUGGACGAGACCUCAGGUCUGGUGGUGCGGGAGGCCAGCAUCGAGAUCUCUCGGCAGCAGGUGGAGGAACUGUUUGGGCCGGAGGACUACUGGUGCCAAUGUGUAGCCUGGAGCUCGGCCGGAACCACCAAGAGCCGCAAGGCUCACGUCCGCAUCGCAUAUCUGAAGAAGGCGUUUGACCAGGAGCCCUUGGGGAAGGAAGUGUCCCUGGAGCAGGAAGUGCUUUUGCAGUGCCGCCCCCCGGAGGGGAUACCUGCGGCAGAGGUCGAAUGGUUGAAAAACGAGGAGAUCAUUGACCCCGCGGACGACCGUAACUUCUACAUCACCAUCGACCACAACCUGAUCAUCAAGCAGGCGCGCCUCUCGGACACGGCCAACUACACCUGCGUGGCCAAGAACAUCGUGGCCAAGAGGAGGAGCACCAUCGCCACCGUCAUCGUCUACGUAAAUGGUGGGUGGUCGACCUGGACCGAGUGGUCGGUGUGCAACAGCCGCUGUGGGCGGGGCUUCCAGAAACGGACACGGAGCUGCACCAAUCCGGCGCCGCUAAACGGCGGGGCACCGUGUGAGGGAGCAGCCAUACAGAAACUGCCCUGCACAUCACUCUGCACAGUGGAUGGUGAGUGGACGGAGUGGAGUAAGUGGUCUACGUGUGGCACAGAGUGUACCCACUGGCGUCGGCGGGAGUGCAACGACCCGGCGCCCAAGAACGGGGGCAAGGACUGCGAGGGGCUGGUGCUGCAGUCCCAGAACUGCACCGACGGCCUCUGCAUGCAGAGUUCACUGUAUCAACUCUCCACUGAGAAUAAAGGCCACAAUGGUGUUGGCGUGUCAUCUGCCCCCAGUACCGAUGACGUGGCCCUGUACGUGGGUAUUGUCAUCGCGGUCAUCAUGUGUCUGGUCAUCUCUGUCAUCGUGGCACUCUUCGUCUACCGUAAGACGCACCGCGACUUUGACUCUGACAUCAUCGACUCCUCGGCCAUCAACGGCGGCUUCCAGUCCGUCAACAUCAAGACGGCACGAUCCGCUGACCUGUUGACGGCCCCACCAGACCUGACCAAUGCGGCUGCCAUGUACCGCGGGCCUGUCUACGCCCUGCACGAUGUGUCCGACAAGAUCCCCAUGACCAACUCACCACUCCUGGACCCUCUGCCUAACCUGAAAAUCAAGGUCUACAACUCCUCAACGCUGGUCACGCCACAGGACGAGCUGGCCGACUACACAUCCAAGCUCUCCCCCAAGGUCACGCACUCUCUGCUGGACAACAGUGACACGUUGGGAGGGGUCAGCUGUGGGGGAGGUGGAGGAGCUGGAGGAGGAAUGCGCGGUACCCAGACGCUGGCACGCACCAGGGAUCCGUCCUGCACCGCUGUGGGGUCUUUCAACUCACUCGGAGGACACUUGAUUGUACCCAACUCAGGUGUGAGCUUGCUGGUGCCAGCGGGGGCCGUGCCUCAAGGCAGAGUCUACGAGAUGUACGUCACCGUGCAGAGGAAAGAGAGCAUGAGGCCCCCCGUGGAGGACGUGCAGACGGUGCUGAGCCCCGUGGUGAGCUGCGGGCCCCCAGGAGCCCUGCUGACCAGGCCCGUCAUCCUCACCAUGCACCACUGUGCAGCCGCCACCACCGAGGACUGGCACAUACAGCUCAACACACACAUGCAGCAGCAGGGCCAGUGGGAGGAGGUGGUGGUGGUGGGCGAGGAGAACUUUACCACCCCCUGCUACAUCCAGAUGGACGAGGAGGCGUGCCACGUUCUGACGGAGACCCUGGGGACGUACUGCCUGGUGGGCCAGUCCAUCAGCAAGGCCACCGCCAAGAGGCUCAAGCUCGCCAUCUUCGGGCCCGUCAACGCCACCGCGCUGGAGUACCACAUCCGGGUCUACUGCCUGGACGACACGCAAGACGCACUCAAGGAGGUUCUUCAGAUGGAGAAGCAGAUCGGCGGUAAGCUGCUGGACGAACCAAAGACGCUCAACUUCAAGGACAGCACCCACAACCUGCGCCUCUCCAUCCACGACAUCCCCCACGGAGACUGGAAGAGCAAGCUGCUGGCCAAGUACCAGGAGAUUCCAUUCUACCAGGUGUGGAGUGGCAGCCAGCGUACUCUACACUGCACCUUCACACUGGAGAGGUUCAGCGCGGCCACCCUGGAACUGGACUGCAAACUCUGCGUACGACAGGUGGAGGGAGAGGGACAGAUCUUCCACCUCAACACCACACUCUCAGAGGACUCCCAGAGCAUCGACACGUCCCUGAUGGACCCGGCCAGCAACAUCACCACCCUGGUGGGCCCGCAGGCCUUCCGCAUCCCCCUCUCCAUCCGCCAGAAGCUCUGCGGUAGCCUGGACGCCCCACAGUCGCGCGGCAACGACUGGAGGAUGCUGGCUCACAAGCUCAACUUGGACAGGUACCUGAACUACUUUGCGACCAAGUCGAGUCCAACAGGUGUGAUAUUGGACUUGUGGGAGGCGCAACACUUUCCUGACGGCAACCUGAGCACACUGGCCACCGUGCUGGAGGAGAUGGGGCGCCACGACAACAUUGUCCCCAUGGCGACGGACCAGUGAAGAUGAUGGAGCCAGACCUUGGAGCCU